AUGUCUCUAGAGUUUGGUAAGAAGAGUGAUGCCGGUCUAAAACCCGUGAAGAAUGUCCAUGGUGUUAGAUUUCUUGGACUUAAUCCCUCAUCUUCCACACCCUCUAGGGUUACUCACUCAUCUGCUGCAAUCGCUUCCCAAGAAUCCUCUGGUUCUACAAAGAAGACAAGGAGUCAGCGAAUCAAGCAUGUUGUUCGCAAGAAAGGAGGAUCAAGUGCUCAAGACAUCUCUGAUGAGUCUGACAAUGAUGUUCCCUUCGAUAAAUCUGAUGAUGUUCCUACUGCUGGAGUGAAUCAAGAGAGUACUGAUGCUCUUGAGAACCUUGCAAAGGUUGCCACUGGUCCAGAUGUUGAACAAAAUGUUGAACCCCAAGAAGCAUACUCCUCUCCUUCUGGUUCUGAAGAAAAAUCUCAUGCUUCUAGUGAUGAGAAAGAAGAUGAGAACUUUGAAUCUGUUAGUGAUGAAACUCCCUCCAUUGAGGAAAUUCCAGUUACUGAUUGUUCUAUGAAGAAAACCGGUGUCUUUGCAAGCAAGAAGGUUGCAGAUGGGAAGAAGAAAAAGAAGGACGGAUCUUCUGUCAAGACCCCCAAGAUAUCCAAAAUAUCUCAGGUCCAAGCGUCAGAGAAGAAGAAAAAGCCAGAAAAGAAGAAAGAGAAGAGAAAGUUGGUUGUGGAAAGAGAACUUCAUGAAGAUGCCUUGGAACCCAAGGAGAUUAUGAAUCUGUUGAUUGAUGCUGGUCUGAUGAGGACUGUCAAGGAUAUUGGCAGGUUCUUUGUUCAAUUGGCCAGGGAGUUCAUUGUGAACAUCCCUACUGAUUGUGAUGAUGAGGACAAUGCUGAGUACAUGAAAGUCUAUGUAAGAGGAAAAUGUGUCAACUUUUCUCCUCAAGUGGUUAAUGAUUUUUUGGGCAGAAACCCUGUUGCUAUGGCUGAGGAAGAGCCUGAUUUUGAUAAGGUUGCUAAUACCCUAACUGGAAAGAUGGUCAGGAAGUGGCCAAAGAAAGGAUUGCUUCCAUCUAGGAAGUUAAUAGCCAAGUAUGCUGUGCUCUUCAAGAUUGGCUCUGCAAAUCGGAUGACAACAAAUCACUUGUCUGGUGUGACUGCUCCCCUUGCAAAGAUGCUCUAUUUGAUUGGCACCGGUGGUGAGUUUGAUUUUGGUCAACUAGUUUUUGAUCAGACUCUCAAGCAUGCAGGUUCUUUUGCAGUAAAGCUGCCUAUUUUGUUUCCCUGCCUUUUGUCUGAGAUCAUUGCACAUCAACAUCCCAAUGUUGUGAGGGCUGAUGAACUUCAAGAUAAGAAGCCCCUGCCUCUCAAAUUUGAUUAUAGAUUGUUUGCUAGGACACAUGUUCCAGACAUUGUGCUGACUGCAGCAAAGGGAAUUGUCAGUGCCAGUGGCACUCAGGUGUGCAAGAUCAGAAAGCUAAAUGUGGACAAGCUCAUCAAAGCCAUGACAGAUGUUCCUGCUGCUGCUGAGGAAGAAGAGGCUGAAAAGGGAACUGAAGAUGUUGCAGCCUACUGGCUCUAUGACUUUUCAUCUCCUGUCUGGUCUGGAAUUGAAUUCUAUGCACUUUGGUCAACUACUAUGGAUGUUAUGGAAUAG